CAAACAAGAAUCCCCAGUUGCAAAGUCAGGAACCUCAAACCCAGCAGGAAGAUCGAAGGCGGUCGACUCCAACAGCUGAGGGGAAACAAACACCUGGAAGCCAUAUAACGAUCUCACCCCUGUUUGACAGAUCUAUAAUCUAUUGACUAUGGCGUCGAGCGUCGCAUCGUUCGUUUUCUUCUCUCUGAUACUGGCGUAUCUUGUUGAAGCAUCCAACCCUGAAGCCGCAUUUGUCAAGAAGACAAUCUCUUCUCACAAGAUCGUUAUUUUCUCCAAGUCUUAUUGCCCGUACUGUAGGAGGGCUAAAGCUGUUUUUAAAGAAUUGAAACAAUCACCACAUGUAGUUGAGCUUGAUGAGAGAGAUGAUGGCCAAGACAUUCAGGAUGCACUAAGUAAAAUCGUUGGAAGACGGACUGUACCACAAGUUUUCAUAAAUGGAAAGCAUAUUGGUGGCUCUGAUGAUACCAUUGAUGCACACGAAAGUGGAGAACUGGCUAAGCUUCUAGGCAUUUCUGUUGAGAGUAACGAUGAUCUUUGAGCAAACUGUUGUUAUAAGAGACUGAGUAUUGCAAUAUGCAUCGUGAACACAUCCUUCAAUUGGAGGGUAGUGUCGUAAUCUCAAGUUAUGACAACUUGAAUUGGAGGGUGGUAUCAAAAUCUCUAUUCAAUAAUAGGAUGUGAUAGUUUUAUACAUCAACUUCUUCUAUAUAAUGCAGCUAAAAUUUAUUCAACAACAGAAUUUCCCUUCUCUUUGAUGAAGUUCAUUUCACACCCCUGACAGCUGAAAUUUUGGUAUGUUAUUUGCUUUGUAAAAAUUCUGUUAUCUGCUUGCUCCUUUUCGGUGUGGAGAUAGUAGCUGGUAUCUUGUUA